AUGUUGGGUGUCUCGAACUUGCCAACCAGCCAACCAGUUGCAAUCGUCCAAUUUUCUUGUGCUAGUGGCUCAAUUCUACCCGGUCUUUCCGACGUUCUGCUUACAAAUCUGUUUGUCCCUCCGUCUCCAUCCGUCGGCCCUUCGCACUGGUCAUCGGUUAUUUACUUGUCCACUCUGCCUAUCUGGCAGGAGCCGAGUUAA